AGUGAUAUGAACUCUACUAUACUUAUACAAUUACAGAUUUGGUUUUUUUUUUGUUUGUAACAAACAUACACUUGCCGUAUAUAUAAAAUGUCAUCAAUUCAAUAUUUAUUCUGUAAAAAUUUUGCGAUGAUCUGUGUAUAGCGAUUUUUCUUUUAUUUUUCGUCGUCUUAUCAGCAAUAGCUCGCAAAAAAGUAAAACAACAAAAAAGAAUCAUAAAACACGAAAAAAUCUGCUGCUAACAACCAGUUUGUGAGAAUCAUUUCAGCCAAAAAGUGCUACGAAUGUGCGUGUUACGACACUAUAAACCUAACAAAAAAAAUGAGAUUCAAAAUGUUAAAAACUUAUUUGUGAAUUUCUUGAAGUGCAUCAAUGAUGACGAACUUAAAUGAACGAUUCAUUAGCAUUACUUUGAGCCAAAACAGUUAAAAAUCAGGAUCAUAAUUCUACAUUGAAGAAGUGGUGUUAAAAUUGGGUGUGUUUUACAGUUUGAAUAUUAACGGUGAUAAUACAGAAACGGUUUUUCGAUAAAAUUGAGAAUUUUCGUGACAACCGAAAUACGGAAAAAUGAAUAUUGGCGGUGCAAGCAGCACUGAACGACCCGACAAUCCAGUGGAAGAGGCGUCAUUCAUAUCAAAAUGUUCAUUCUGGUGGCUGAAAGAUCUAUUUAAACUUGGAUUGUCACGACCGAUUGAGGAACAGGACAUUUACAAAACACUGAAAGCACACGAAAGUAAAAAGUUAUCGGAAAACUUUGCAGCAUUAUGGACCGAAGAACAGAAGAAAGAGAAACCGAGUCUGUUUCGAGUGAUGCGAAAAAUGUACGCAAAGAAGAUUAUUGGAAUCGGAAUGUUUUUCUCAUUUGUUGACUCACUGUCCAGGGUAAUACAGCCGCAAUGCCUAGGUGGUUUGGUUACAUACUUUACACCAUCCGAAACGGAACUCAUCAGCAGAAACGAUGCUUAUUUAUAUGCAGCCGGCAUCGUUCUAUGUUCGUUGAUAUCAAUAACCGUUUUUCAUCCAUUCAUUUUGUAUGCCUUCCAAUUGGGUAUGCGAAUACGUUUAACAUGCUGUUCGCUUAUUUAUAAAAAGGCUUUAAAAUUAACCAAAUCCGUAUCCAUUGACGGUUUAAAUGGUCAAGUAAUAAAUCUAAUGUCAAACGAUGUGGCUCGUUUCGAUGUAACAAUGGGUUUUGUGCAUGACUUAUGGAAAGGGCCAAUCGAACUGGGACUUCUCGGAUAUUUUAUAUAUCGUGAAAUUGGCUUCUACGGUUGGAUUGGAAUCGGAUUUUUACUGUGCUUCAUACCGUUACAAACAUGGAUUGGAAAGCGUGCGGCCACUUAUCGUAUGAGAACAGCUAAGCGAACGGACCGACGAGUUCGUAUAAUGAACGAAAUAAUACAGGGCAUUCAGGUGAUCAAAAUGUAUACGUGGGAGAAAUCAUUUGCAAAGGUCGUCGAUAAGAUUCGAAAGAAAGAAAUAAACGGCAUACGUGGAACAUUAUUUAUACGUGGAACGUUACUUUCAUUCAACAUUGUGUCUCGAUUUUCGAUAUUUAUUAGUCUCGUCAGUUACGUUUAUUUUGGCAAUAUAAUCACAGCACGGAAGGUGUUCAUCAUAACGUCAUAUUUUAAUUUCUUAUAUAGUUCAGUAUUACAUUUUUGGCCAUUGGCUGUGUCCUCUAUGGCUGAAGUUUUCGUAUCGAUAAAACGGGUCGAACAGUUUUUAUUGUUGCCGGAAGACAAAACGGCGAUGUGUAAAAAUCGAGCACCUGAUGACGAUGACAGUGAGUUGGAAAAGUUGUUGAAAGUUAAAUUGAGCAAUGGACACGAUGCAAAAGUAAAUGGUGAACUGAUUGAAAAUGUGAAAAAUAUACGAAUAACGAAUGGACAUGGCAAUAUAUGCCGUCGUAUUGUGGUGGAAAGUUCGAAUAUAAAGGGGAUAACGUUCGUGAACGCAACGGCUCGAUGGUUACGUGAAACUAGUGGAUCUAAUAUAGGCAUUGAAAAUGUAACGCUCGAUAUUCAAUCCGGUCAACUCUGUUCCAUCGUCGGUGUUGUCGGCUCGGGAAAGUCGACGUUACUGCAAACAAUUCUUGGUGAAUUGGAAUUAGAUGAGGGAAGCUUAAUUGUGAACGGAUCCAUUAGUUAUGCGCCGCAAGAGCCGUGGCUCUUUGAAGGGACAAUCCGGCAAAAUAUUUUAUUUAAUUCGGACUACAAUGAGAAACGAUAUAAAGAAGUGUUGAAAGUGUGUGCAUUGCAACGUGACCUUGAACUAUUCCCGCACGGCGAUGCGACGAUUGUGGGAGAACGGGGCGUAAGUUUGAGUGGUGGUCAACGGGCCAGAGUAAAUCUUGCUCGGGCUAUUUAUCGAACAGCUGACAUUUAUUUACUUGAUGACCCGUUAUCGGCGGUUGACACGCAUGUCGGCAAACACAUUUUUGAGAAAUGCAUUAUGGACUUUUUGAAGGAUAAAGUUUGCGUGCUAGUAACACAUCAACUGCAAUAUUUGAAGGACGUUAAGCUUGCCGUUCUAAUGAGUAUGGGACGGAUAGCAGCUCAAGGCACAUACAACGAUCUGAAACAAUCGAGAAACCAUUCGCUACUUUGGCUUGGUACGGAUGAAGAGAAGGACGGAAUGGAUGAGAAUUUAGCCGAUGAGAUUGUGGAUAAAACCGUCAAAAUCAAGCCGAAAGAACAAGAUAAUAAUAAAGAAACUCAAAUAAUUGGAUCUGUCGGAUUUCGUGUAUACAAAUCCUAUUUUAAGUCUGUCAAUAGCGUAAUCCUACUCAUUUUGGUAGGAGCUUUAUUCAUAGGUGGCCAAACGGCCAUUAGUAAUGUCGAUCUGUACGUCUCAAAGUGGGUCAUCUGGGAAGAUCAACUGCGAUUAAACGAUCACAAUAAUUCAGAUGUGCCACAAAAUUUGUCUCCUAAUUACGAAUCCUCGGACACAGUAGUAACAGACAGACUAGCCGAGGGCAAUGCAUCGAUCCCGAUUGCCGAGAGCAUGGAGUUCAUUUGGGAGGAACGUCACAAAUACAUUUACUACUACUCCGUUUCAAUGUUGAUUGUGUUGUACUUGGUGUUUCAACGAUCGUUUGCUUUCUUCCAAAUGUGUCUGAUGGCUUCACGAAACCUGCAUGACAAAUUGUUUCGCGGCAUAACGAGAGCAACAAUGUACUUUUUCAAUACCAAUCCAUCAGGUCGAAUUUUAAAUCGUUUUUCAAAGGACAUCGGCAGUAUUGACACAACAUUGCCUGUUGCGCUAAUGGAUUGUUUAUUGUUUUUCUUGGAACUAUUUGCCAUAAUAAUUCUCGUAUUACUGGUAAAUUAUUGGUUACUGUUGCCAACAUUUAUUAUGUCAAUCCUAUUUUAUGCGCUUCGACAUGUAUAUGUGAACACGGCCAGAUGUAUAAAACGUGUAGAGGCAUUAACUCGCAGCCCAAUAUUUUCACAUGCUAAUGCAACUCUACAAGGACUUUCAACAAUUAGAGCGUUCAAAGCCCAACAAAUCCUUUCGAACGAAUUCGAUACACACCAAGACUUGAGCACGAGCUCUUGGUAUUUAUUUCUGGCAUCAACACGAGCAUUUGCGCUAUGGUUGGAACUUGUUUGUGUACUGUAUAUGGCAACUGUAAUCCUAAGCUUUCUGUUAUUGGGAAAUGAUACAUUAGGUGGAAAUGUUGGUCUAGCUAUAACACAAAUUUUCAAUUUAAUUAUAAUGUGCCAAUGGGGUAUGCGACAGACAGCUGAAUUGGAAAAUCAAAUGACCUCAGUUGAACGAGUUAUCGAAUAUACCGACCUAAAAUCAGAGCCGGCAUUGGAAUCGGUCGAAAAAUAUCGGCCGCCCGAAAAAUGGCCCGAAUGUGGAAUCAUUCAGUUCGAUGGACUGUCCAUGAAAUAUUCGGAGAACAGUAAUACCGUUUUAAAGGAUGUCACUUUAAGAAUUGAAUCGAGAGAGAAAAUUGGUGUUGUUGGACGUACAGGUGCAGGGAAAAGUUCCAUAAUUCAGGCGUUGUUCCGUCUGGCUGUGAACGAUGGCCUUAUAACAAUCGAUGGCGUUGACAUCGCUUCGAUGGGCUUACAUGACUUGAGGAGUAAAAUAUCGAUUAUACCACAAGAUCCGAUUUUGUUUUCGGGUAACAUGCGAAAUAAUUUGGAUCCAUUCGAAGAGAAAACGGAUGACGAGAUUUGGAAUGCAUUAGCUCAGGUCGAAUUGAAACAAGUUAUAAGCCUACUACCAGGUGGUCUGGAUUGCAAAAUGUCAGAUGGUGGCUCAAAUUUUAGCAUGGGGCAACGACAAUUGGUUUGCCUUGCACGCGCCAUUUUACGUAACAAUAAAAUCUUAGUGCUUGACGAGGCAACUUCUAAUGUUGACGCAGAAACUGACAAUUUCAUUCAAACGACAAUUCGUACCAAAUUCUCUGACUGCACCGUUAUAACGAUUGCACAUCGUUUGCACACAGUAAUGGAUAGCGAUAGAGUAUUGGUUAUGGAUGCAGGCAAAGUGGUUGAAUACGGUCAUCCGUACGAUUUACUGAAAUCGUCUGGUGGCUUUCUGAGAAAAUUGGUGGAUCAAACUGGUAACGCAACAGCAAUGCAUUUAAUGCAAAUGGCUGAACAGAGUUAUAAGAAGAUAACGGAGCUGUAAAUUUUUAAAUUUAUUUAUUGAACGAUGGCUGAAUAGCAGCCCGUUUAAUUGCAUACUAUUCCAGAGAUUUUAGUUGAAAUUUUCGAUUUUAAUUUUAAGUAAAGGCGCAUUUAAACUGACUGGUAGCUUACUUUGUAACGUUAACUACACACUCACAAGGGAGAAGAAAUGAAAACUUAAAAAUCGAACACUCAAUUCCAUUCGUAAGAUUAAUAUAUUUAAAACACAGAAUCGAGACUCAAUUCCAUUUUAUACACACAAAAAUACUCAGAAAAUAUAAGAGCAGAAAACUUUUAGUUUUAUAAAUGAAAA